AUGGCCUUGCGGCAGGCCGAGCUGGAGAAUCAGCUGCUAGGGCUGGGCACGCGCCCUUUGAAGUUUGGUCACUUAGAUGCGCCUCGCCCAGAUGAGAUACAGCUGGAGCAUGUAUUGCAGGGGCGUGCAGAGCUCCUUAGCGGGAAGACUUCUGCAUGGAUGUCGCAGUCUGCCGCCAUGUAUGCCAACAAGAACCGGGAGAAGGAGCUCGUUCCCCCGGACUUGAGUGUGGACCGUUAUCUGCAGCUGAGCAACCAAGGCCUCAUAAUGCUUGACCGGCACAUGGGUGAGAUGGAUCACAUUAUGACGGGAGCCGAACCGGAAGGUGACGAGUUGCAGCAGUUUGACGGCUUAGAUCUGGACAUGGACCUCAUCGACGAAGGUGGUGCGGACCACAUCACCGAUGGCCUUACCAGCAACUGCGCGUCGCCUCUUGCCAGAGGCAACUCCGGAUUGGCUCUGACGAUGGACGACGAUGACGACUUUGCAGAUGAUGGCAGCCCACUGAGUCCGAGCUCGAGGUUGAGUCCAGACUCCGAUGCCGACGGUCUUUUAUCGCCCGUGGGGAAGAGAGCAGCUCGCGUGCGUCGUGCGCGCAUGGCCGGGCAUCUGUCCAACAUGCAGAAGAAGGCUACGGAGCGUCGGGAAGAGGAAGCCAAGAUGAAGCGGCAACGCCAGGAGUUGCUAGAGCAGAAGCUCAAGGCCGAACAGUUGCCCGAUGAGCUGACUCGCACGGAGCUCAACACGACCUGGGUAUCGCCCGGGAUGAAGAGCCUCUACGUCGAUGCCAAGGACCGGGAUGUGAUGCACAAAACGCGCUGCGAAAGCUUCGGCCUGAAGAUGUCACAAUCCUCUCCGCUGAUUACGUCGCCGUCCUCCCCUCUGAUGAAGAGCUCCAGAUCUUCGCGCUCCGUGAACUUUGGAGAAACAGGUGCCUCAAAGGAGGAAGGCGACCGAGACCGGGGUAUCACGAAGCGGGGAUCGACGUUUGCUCGCAUUGGUGUGGAGACCCUGAUUCUGGAGCCCCCGGCAAAUCUGAGUGCCAAGGUCGUCUAUGGACGUUUAGAUGCUGCAUCAAAGGCGAGUCAGACACUCUCCUUCGCCAACUACACGAAGGAGUAUGACGCACCUUGGGUGGAAGGCAUUUGCCCCGUCUUUCAUCUCGGGGCCGAUGAUGAGCUGAGUGCUGCGGAGGUUGCAAGUGACAUUGAAGUUCCCCCUUGGGUUGGUGUGCUUGAGGGACGUAUUGCUUCCAGGCUUGCGCCCAUGCAACAGGUACGCGUGGAAGCAAACGAAGCUGCCAUCAAGGAAGAGCUCCACCUAGUAAUCGGAGGUUGGGAAGAUGCACGCAGAGAUGAUGCUGUCGAGGAAGCUAAGUCCAUGUUUGAGAGUGUUGACUUGAAGGACGCUUGGGCUGACAUCUGGACUGAGUUCCUUGCUAAAGUGGGCGGCUUCGGUGGCGAUGCCAGCGGGGGCGGCCUGGAGUUGGAGCAGGCCGCGGCCGCGGCCACGGCGAAGGUCACCGAGCUCCUGGAAGCCUUCACCCCUCCCCUCUCUCAAGUCUGCACGUCCUCUUCCCUUUUGCCACUCAGAGAAAUGAUCAAGGGCUCCAACUCGACGGUGGCUCAGGUUAUGGCCCUGGCUUCCCACCGCCGCGGCAGUGGGCGCACCCGCUCCCGUGGUGGCAAGCAGAGCCUGGUGUUCAUGGCCGCUCGUGGUGGCGAGAGCCAUGAUGCUCUGGUGAAGGACCUAGAGACCCGAGGGCUCCAGACGGUAGAGCACAACAUCCGGAACGUGGCCCGCGACUCGCGGAAGCAGCUGGCAUUUGCAAAGUGGACCGCCCUCCAAUCCGCGAAGUCGGACAAGUCGCUCGGGGUCGUUGCGUUGACCUUCUUCGACCUCCGUGCGAAAGGGAAAAUAGGGGAUCGUAUUGCCAUGGUCGGAACCAACGGGGACAAAGAGCCCAAGAUCAAGGAGCACUUCAGUCGCAACUUGACCUUUCCGAACAUUGGCAGCAAAGAGUUUGAGUUCUUUCCCAAAGAAGGCAAGAAUCCGAAGGCGUACCUUGAUGCCAUCAAGGCUUUUAAGCCGGGAGACGUUUGCACCGUGUUCACACCUGAUGACACGCACUUUGAAAUCUGCAAGGCCGCCCUGCAAGGCGGCGUCCACGUCUUGGUGACGAAGCCUAUGGUGAAGACGCUGGCGCAGCACAAGGAGCUUGUGCGCUUGGUUCCCAGUUUCUGUCCGAGGAAAGGGAACUCACGUCCGCCAAUAGACCCCUCCGAGGCAUCGCGAAGGAGAAAGGAGUCCUCUUACAGAUCGAGGUCCACAAGCGUUUCGAUCCGAUCUACAACGAUGCCAGACAGCGAAUUCAGAACUUGGGUGACUUCGGGUCCGGUUGCCUGCUCUUCGACAGCGUGUCGAACUCCCCUACGUGGAGCCCCACCCGUGCCGGCAGCGCAGCACAGAGAUGGCUACGCUGCAUGUUCCAGCGGAAAAGCCAGGCCCGUGGUGACACGCUUCGCACCAUCUCCCACAGGGUACCUGCACAUUGGGGGAGCGAGGACGGCGUUGUUCAACUACCUGUUUGCAAGACAUCAUGGUGGCAAGUUCCUGAUGCGCAUCGAGGACACCGACGCAGAGAGGCACAACGAAGCCGCCGUCGACGCCAUCCUACAGGGGAUGGCUUGGCUGGGCACGCCCCACGACGGAGAGAUCGUUCGGCAAAGAGAGAACAUAGGACGGCACAAGGAAGUUGCAGCCCAACUUUUGGCGAAUGGCGGAGCCUACAAGUGCUACUGCUCGAAGGAGGAGCUGGAGGCCAUGCGCGCGCAGGCCGAAAAGGAGCACGUUCCUUUCAGAUAUUCUGGCCCUUGGCGCAACGCGGGCCCGGACCUCGUCCCUCCUCCCGACCGCCAACCCGUGGUGCGAAUUCGUACACCAGACGAUGACGGUGUGACAAGCUGGCAGGACGGAGUGAUGGGGUUGAUCGAGAUCCCGAACAAGGACGUGGAUGACUUCAUCAUCCUCCGGGCUGACGGUACGCCGACGUAUUUGCUCGCAGUGGUCGUGGACGACCAUGACAUGGGCGUCACCCAGGUCAUCCGUGGCUCAGAUCACAUUGGCAACACGGCCCGGCAGAUCUCGGUCUUCAAGAACAUGGGCUGGGAGCUCCCGGACUUUGCGCAUCUGCCGCUGAUCCACGGCCCGGAUGGCAAGAAGCUGUCGAAGCGCCACGGGGCCACGGGGCUGGAGGAGUUCGAGGCCAAAGGCUACCUGCCGGAGUCCAUCCGGAACUACCUCGCCCGGCUCUCCUGGUCCCAUGGAGACGACGAAAUCUUCUCGACGGAGCAG